GAUUGUGCGAUUUUGGAAGAAUAUAGAAAGAAAAAGAUUGAGAGUACACUAAAUACGGCACACAAAUAAUGGUGAAACUUUGACACAACAGUGUCGAAGGAACGCACAUAUAUAUAAAGGCUGAGAAGGUAGCAGAACAGAGAUAUUGAUAUUGAUAUUGAGAUUCGUUUUGAUAACCGACCAUGAAACUUUCUGUGAGUGUUUACCUUAUUCUGUGUGUUGCCUCUUCCAUUAUCAUGGUGAUGGCCACAGUACAGAGGGCGAGGUUCUUGCUGGGCACCAACGAUUACUACGUUAGAGUGAUCAACGGUUUCACUGACAAUUCCUCUGUGCCGUUGGUGAUCUGGUGUUCUUCCGAGGAGAUGGAUCUCGGGGGGCGUGCCCUUCAGGAGCACGAUGAUUUUAGCUGGGUGAUGAGGCCAAGUUUUUGGAGCAGCAAUCGCAUGAAGUGUACCAUGAAAUGGGACAGUACGAGGAAGAGUUUCGAGGCGUUUAAGGCUUCACGAGACACCGAGCGAUGUGGGAUUCACAGGACGUGUUCCUGGAUGGUGACUCAGGAUGGGUUCUAUUUCAGCAAUGAUGAGGUUAAUUGGAGGAAGGACUUUCUGUGGUGAAUGUGUGAGAACUGCGAUGCCAAGGUUUUUCCCCUUCAUCUUGGAUUCACAUCACAGCCCUGCUUCAAUCUGGGGAUGCUAUCUAUCACCCAAUGUCAGCAUAGAGGAGUUUUGUAUAAUUAUAUAUAAAUGAAAGGAAUAAAAAUGUGUGUGCGGUUUUUGUAAUGGUAGAAAAGGUGACGAGUUUUGUUUUUGUUUCAUCGUAACAUCGUAUGUAUCGGUCGAGAAUCUAAAUGUUUUGCUUGUAGAACUCAGCUAUGAUAA